AUGGCGUCCGCAUUGGCAGCUCAGCUGUCGCAAAUAGCUGCAAAUUCAACAAAUUCGCUGAAUUUGAAAGCGCAAAAGGCCGCGCAUUCCAAGUCUUUGAUUUUCGAACCUCGAGUCGCCGCAUCACAAAGCUUCGAUACAUUAUAUACCUUGUGCCAUGAAGGAUUUCAGGAGCUCUGUCUUCUGGAUGGGCGGUUUUUGGAGUUUCAAAGGGGGAUCUUCAGUGAACAAAGUCAGGAGAUAGACAGGACUCAAAUGACGACCGCAGAAAACACAGACCUCAAUAAGCAAAUAGAGGCUUUCCUGGGUCUUGUCGGCGGAAGGUUAAGGUUGAAUCCAGGUAUAAAGGCUGUAGAAUGGCUUGUCCGGCGGUUUCGCGUUCAUGAACAUAAUACGCAUUUCCUCUUAACGACCUUCCUCCCCUACCACACGCUUCCAAUAUUCAACACAUUGAUGUCUAUACUUCCAUUCAAGAUACCUGGGGAUUUUAAAUUUCUACAACCAUACGUACGGUCUCUUACCUCGCCAUCAAGGCAUGCUAUUGUACAAGCGGCAAUAACCAACUCUACAUUUAUGGCAACGCUCAAUUCGUACGUCAUUCGAAUCAGCAGAUCUCGAGUACACUACCCUGCUCUAUUAGCAUUCUGGGCUGGUGUCAUGACAGAAUCAGUUGGGGGACUGUUGGAUAGAGCCAGAUCAGGCCGGAAAGGUGUCCAACAGCAAAACGAACAAGACGUGAUUUUGAAGUUGAUUCCCACGCUCAAUGAAGGCUUGGCCAUGAAGGACGUGCCAGAUCUACGUCUUGGUUGUUACAUGCUACUUUCUGUUAUGGCUUCCAAGGGUGGACUUGAUGACAAAAUCUUGACUGCCAUGAUGGAAGCUUUGGUAUUGGGCUGGAGAGCGGACACAAUUACUUCAGGCCUCGUCUGCUUAUCUGUUCUAGCAAACCAUCGAGCCGCAAAGCAGCUGACAAGAAGGCUCACAAAGGAGCUAAUGAAAAUCGAAAACCUUCCAAAAUUGUUGAUUAAUAUUUCACAACAGCGCAGGGUGGAUAAGCUUGCAAAUGGUCUCUGUCUUUCUCUAACUGACCGUCUCAAGAAGCAAGGUGACCUCCGGGCACUUUCAAUAAUCCAGGAGAUUAUUGAGAGUCAGAUAUUGAGCGACCAACAAUCUGGCGUAGUCCUUAAAUCGCUACUUCUUGUUGCACAUCAAUUGGACGAUAGUCCCGAACAGAUAACACUGCGACCGCAUCUCGCUUCGACUUUAGUAGGUUUGGCGCAGUUAGCUGGCCAUACUGGUGAUUUGGUGCGUGGUGUCUUACGAGAUACCGAAGUUGAUAUCGAUGAGUUGGAAAUGAAACUUCAGACAACGAUUCGCCCCGAGCUUUUGCAAGCGUCUACCACUGACGAUGCCAUCAUGGAAGACGCUACGACCGAACCUGCAGCUCCCAGCUUCCAAUCCCUAUUCGACAGUCUACCUACAAGAACAGCAGCAGAAUCUUCGUUUUUAUGUCACGAUACCUCUCACGUCUAUCCAGAUCUUUGCCGAGCCUUUCUGUCCUCAACAGCUAGUGAAGCAGAUCUUCACACUUUCGACGCCGCUCCAAUCCUUCGACGCGAAACUGCACUGGAAGACUCGCUGUACCUCACUUUCUACAUGAGGACCUGGUCUGCCCCUCACCCUGUUCUUGCUCGAGCGUCAGCACUCCAGUUGACUACGAACUUUCUUUUGGAGUCGAAGAUGACAUCCGUUGAUGUGCAAGCUGUACUGCCAUAUGCAGUAUCUGCUCUUAGCGAUCCUGCGGCAAAAGUCCGCCGCGCAGCGGCAGACCUACUGAUCGCCAUGAACCACUUAUACCCUGAGACUAUAGAGUCCAAAAAGGAGUUGAAGAAUCUCCCUCGCUGGGGAUCUGAAGAUUUAUAUGGUCCAGGCCCCGAAACCACAACAACCCUCAAAUGGCUCACUGCCGACGUUGUGAUGCGUCUCUUGAGAGAAAUACUGAUUCCGUCACUCGAGGAGUGUGUUUUAGAUGCAAAAGCUAUCCAGACCAUAUUGCAGAGAGCCAUUCAAAGUCAAAGCCACUCCGAGGGCUCUGCCAAAGCAGAUUCCACACGACUACCACAGACCGCAAGAGCUUCUAUUUUAUCGUUCUUUGCUUCUCAUGUUGUCCAAACACCUCAAUAUUCUGUGAAACUUCGACUCCUCGCGUCUCUCAAUCAAGUUCGCUCUGUUGGCUCAUUGACAAGAACUAAGAUUUUACUGCCAGUCCUACAACAAUGGGCCUCCCUCAGUGUGGAAGAGGCUUCUAGAUACUGUCGUGAAGCAGAAGUCAAUGAAGUAGAUUUUGAUGACGAAUGUUUCUCCGUGAUUACAUCCAACGAUGAGGAGGGAUUGCAACUGUUGGCUCAAAUAAUUAAGGGUGAAGCAGCCUCAGACAGGCCCACUCUGCUGACUGCAGCAUUCAAAAGGCUGCGAUCGCUGUGGUCUUCAUUAAAGGGUCAUUCGAGGUUGACCACGGCUCAAAUGCUGAUUGCAACAGCACUUUCCCAACCUAGUAAAUCUGAUCACCACACCCAGCUUGCCGCUCAAACGGCUUCUCAAUUCCUUGGAAGCGCCUCCUUGACAACUGACAUACUCCUUUCUUUUAUGGAUGACCUUCCUACUGCAGCUUCAAUGACUGACAAGCCUCCGGUUUCGAAAAGACGAAGGACAAGCCACGGCGAAGUUGCGCGAAGUUCUAUCAGAGACCCUAAAGAACUUUCUGAUGCCAUUAGGAAGGUCACCUUUGUCUUACAGCUUAUCGAUUCUUCAAGUCCAGGAACACACCCUGAACUACUCGGUGGACUAUUUGGAAUCCUCGCUGAAAUACAACACUUCAAGGCUCAAGCCACUUCUGAGCUUGCCUAUCUUCAAGGUCUAGUCCUGAGUAGCCUCUUUUCGAUUUUACAAGCCUUUAGAUCCAACCCUAAACUAAAGCUGGAUCGUGCAGCAAUUAGAACAGAUUUACUUGUCGAUUGUGUUCAAAAGACGGCGAGUCCACAGGUGCAAAAUGCCGCCUUGUUGAUCGUAGCCUCCCUUGCAGAUAUUGCGCCUGAGCUUGUUCUUCACAGCGUCAUGCCGAUUUUUACCUUCAUGGGCAACUCAGUCUUGAGACAGAAUGAUGACUACUCCGCACACGUUAUCAGUCAAACUAUACGUGAAGUCAUUCCUCCACUAAUAUCUUCGCUCCGGAAGGGCAAGACAAAUAUUGUUUCUGGAGCAGCAGAACUUCUCUUGAGUUUUGUCGCAGCGUUUGAGCAUGUUCCUAGCCAUCGCAGAAAGGGACUUUUUACAUCUCUGGUCCAGACCCUAGGAUCUGAAGAUUUUUUGUUCGCCAUACUAGCCAUGCUCGUCAACAAAUACGGGCCAACAGAGAGCAUCAAAAACUUUGCCGUUGAUUUGACCAGCUCAUUCAGGGUGGAAACACAACUACUGUCCGUCGCAAAGUAUCUCGAUCUUGUCAGUGACAUAUUGAAGCCGAAACCCACCUACUCGGUUGCUAUUUUGAACACAAAUGACGACGGGUUAUCGGAUCCUUCUGCGGUCGCGUUUGCUGAAAUGCGACUGUUACCCGCGAUACUCUCCCAACGUGCCUUGGUCAAGCAAGCAGGAAAGAUACUCGAACGAGACGACAUGGACUCUUCUAGGAUCCGAGACCUGUACUCUUCUCUCCUCGAGAGUAUACUGGGGCUGGCAGAUGUUGUAAAGGAAGAAGCGCAGCUACACAGCUCCUGUGGAGACAUUUUGGAGGCACUUCUAGGCCUUCUUUCGACCAGCGAGUUCCUCAAAUCCGCUGAGGAUUUACUAAACAGACCGAACGAUUCUCUACGGCGCAAGAUACUUCGAGCUUUGGAAGUCCGCGUCGAUCAGGAAAGCACCUCAAAUGCUGCCUCCCGCACAGCAAUGCUUGGUUUCCUACCCCAACUUACCGCUAUCAUCCGUGAGUCCAAGGAUGUAUUGUACAAGCAUACAGCUGUCGCUUGCGUCGACAAGAUCUCCGAAAAGUAUGGAAAGAAAGAUCUUGAGGCCGUCUCGGCAGCUGCAGAAACGAUAGCCAGUGAAGAUUGUUUGGGCCAGUCAGAUGAUCGACUGCGGGUAAUGGCGCUGUUGUGCUUGGCCUCACUAGUUGACAUACUGAGGGAAGGUGUUGUAUCUAUCCUUCCUUCCGCAAUUCCUAAAACUUUGGAGUACAUGGAGUUGAGUGUCGAACGCGCAGAUGGGCAAAAGCUCCACAAUGCUGGAUAUGCUUUUAUGAGCGCACUGAUUCAACACUUACCAUAUAUGGUAUCUGGUCCCUACUUGGACAGACUCCUUAAGAUAUCGAAUCUUUCCGCCGAGGCAGAUCUCGAUGACGAUGCCGACGAAAGUAGAGUACAGUGUCUUCACCUAGCAGCAAAGCAAAUUGACGCGAAGAGUCUUUUUGUGGCGUUGGAGAAAAAUUGGGAUCUAGCUGCGUCUCAAGGUCCUGUAGCACUCCACGAGUAUGUCGAAGUCUUACAAAACGCUGUCAAUAAACAACCCAAGAGUGUCAUCACAAAGUAUUCUGCUAUUUUGUCAAAUAUAUUCAAAAAAGCCUUCGACCUACGUAGACAACAAACUGUUAGCGAGCGUGGAUUCGAAUCAGAAGUCGUCACAGAGCUGGAAGAUGAGCUCAAUGAUGUGGCGAUUAAGAUGAUUCAUAAGCUGAAUGAUGCCACUUUCCGACCCAUUUUCGCCGGUCUCGUCGAGUGGGCGUCUUCUUCACUGCCAAAGAAAGACACUUCAGGCAGGGUCUUACGCCUGCAAAGCCUGUACGGGUUCAUCACUCUUUUCUUCGACAAUCUGAAAUCCAUCGUGACUGGAUACGCAAGCUAUUUGAUCGAGAACGCCGUUGAUAUUCUCAAAAACGUCAACCCAAAGGAUGAAGAAUCCAAGAAAUUAUGGACGAGAGUUCUCCAGACUUUAGUCAAGUGCUUCGAACACGACCAAGACGACUUCUGGCAAGCACCUGCUCAUUUCAGUGCUGUGGCGCCUGUCUUAUGUACCCAUCUCGCGUACAGCUCGUCUCUACCUGUGAACGAAGACUUGAUUUCUGCCGUUGUGGAGCUUGCUGCAGCUGCAGACUCUUCAGACCACCACAAAGAGCUCAAUGGGGCAAUCUUGAAGCACAUGCGAUCAGAAUCCUCCAGCGUCCGUCUAGCAGCCGUGCAAUGUCAACAAGCCAUGACUGACCGGCUUGGCGAAGAGUGGCUAUCAAUGUUACCAGAGAUGUUGCCGUUCAUUAGUGAAUUACAAGAGGACGACGAUGAUAUUGUCGAAAGAGAAACGAACCGCUGGAUUGUGAAGAUCGAAGGUGUUCUGGGUGAAAGCCUGGACUCUAUGCUCCAGUGA